AGUUCCCUUUCCCCUUAUAUCCCCUCAGCCUACAAAAACCAACAAUAACAGCCAACAAUUUCAAGAACAACAAUUUCAACGGACAAAACCCGACCCAUCCAACACCAGUUUCAGCAAACCAUCAACGCAAAACAAUUCCAACUUCAACAGCAGUCAGCAAUCCAGAACAACAAUUUCAACACAAAUGACAACAACAACUUUCAACGACAACUGCGAUAACAGAAACAAUAUAAACGCAACAACAGUACAACAAUGGCAAAAGCAGCUCAGCAACCUCAUCUCAAUUUUUAAAAUUCAAAUAUCAAUUCAUUUUUUCCUUUUUACCCCUCAGUUUCCCCCAAAGUCUGUCAAAUCCCCUAUAAAUACCCAUGUCCGUAGAGUGAAGGAAGGAGGAUUUUUUGGAGGAAAAAUUGAGGAUUCAUGAGGCGCGUGCUUUUAAUUCUAUGUAACCCAUAAGAUUCUUGAAGAAACGUACUCAAAAACUCAAUUCCGACGGAAAUUAAAUUCCAAAAAUUCGAAAUUUAAACUCCGAUUGGAAGUCGUCAUCGACUCGCUGUUCUGAUUCGCUGCCCGGGGAAAGGUGUUACCAUUGAAGAGUUGAGAUCUGAGCACUGUAACGAUUCCGAAAAGAUUGUGGAAAUAAUGAAAAGGAAAGGAUUGACAAAAACUUUAUCUCCCACAAAAUUUCAAAAAUCAGUGAAAAGGAAAAAGUCGGAUGAAAAAGGAGAAUAUAGUAAAAUUGCAAGUCCCAUUGCAUCAGAUUCUGAAUCUGAACAAGAGAAAGUGGAGGAGGUGAAUGAUGACGAUGAAGAUGUGUUAAAGUUUACCAAUUUGUAUUUUAUUCACGCAUUCUUACUAUCAUCAGUUGAUACCGUAGCUAUUUCACGCCUCCACUUUGAUUUGGUUGAGAGUGGUCGCUACAGUAAUUAUCUGUGGGGAUCGGUUGCAUUUGAAGAAUUAGUAAGAAGUUUGCAUAAAAAGUUGAAGCCGAAAGGAAAGUUCUAUAUGCUUCUUGGAAUGCCACUGGUCAUUCAAAUUUGGUUGUACGAGUGUUGUUCAAACAUGCCUCGUAAUGUUGCUUCCAAGGUGGAUUCUCAAAUCCCUUGUAUUUUGAAUUGGAAGACAAAUUCUCCUCGUCCAAAAUAUGAAACUCUUAUGGAAAGUAUGUUUGAUGAUACAGAUGACAAGGUUGUUUUUAAGAAUAUCGAGCCAACAAGAAAGGAGAUUUCAGCUUUUCAUAUACCGAAGAAGCUUGUUCCUGGAUCUGCUAGUCAUAAUGAAGAUGACAUUGAUUCAGAUGAUGAUUUUCAGGAUCCUCCACAAAGACAAAAUCAGUUUACCACAAAGAAAAACAUCAUGGCGAUUUCUCAGCUUCACCUAUAAAGAAAAAAAUGAAGCCACAUCCUAAAGGUGUAGAUGAGCUGAUAUCAAAACGGACCCCUCCACCCCGUGCUGCAAAGAUGCCUCUUUUGUCAGGACUCCAAUUCACAAGCCAAUUCAAACAAAGUUACGCUACGUGAAAAUAGGAAAGACACAAAUCGGCCUGACAGUAAAAAAUCUAUUCUGGUUCAGUCACCUGUUCCGUCUUCGUUCAGUUCUGAAGAUGAAGACGGUGUUGUCUCGAAGAAAGUCUUUGAUAAGUUUUGUGAAAAGGUAUGACAACAGUUUAAUGAUGUUCGUGGCCUAGUGUCUUCCAGGUUUGAUCAGAUAAUGAAUGCAAUCAAUGAAAAUAAGAAACAAGCAAAAGGCAGCGAAUCUGAUCAGCCACCAGCGGAUAAAAUGUUAAGAGUACAUCACCCCAUCAAACGACUAUAAAAUUUGUUCAUGAGUUUAAUAAGAAUCCUGAUGUCACAUUGAUAAGUAAAUUCCGUACAUUUAUAUUCAACUAAUUUUAUAUAUACAAUUUUAAUUUAUCAUUAUAAAAAAUAAUAUUAAAAUAGGUUGCCGAAGAGAUGGCAGGAUAUCAAAGCAACAGUAUGAAUGAUGUGUAUAAUGAGAUUGAUGGGUACAAUGAGGAUAAUGACAUUGUUCUGGUAGAGAUUUUUUUUUGUUACGUAUAGUUAUAAUGAUAAAAAAAAAACUUAUUUUAAUUUUUUAUUAUUUAAUUUUUUAAAGAAAAAAACUGAUAUAGAUGUUCAUGAAGCAAAAGAUGUUUGUGUCGCUCUGGUAUGUUGAAUACAUAUUGAUUAGUUUUUUAGUUCUUCAUAAAUAUUAUUUUAUUUAAUUUGUAUGAACAUGUGUAGAUCACAAAAUCAGUUGACGAAAGUAUUGGUGAAGCACAAAUAUCAGAAUCUCAACUCACAUUUUCAGAUGACGUCCUUAGAAGCAUUGAUCUUGACUCCAUAACAAAAGCCAAUGUUGAAGUUGAAGAUGAGUUCAAGAAUAAAGAAGGUGCGAUUGAUAUGAAUGUAAAUACACCAGCGUGAAUGAGUCAGAGGUUAAUGAUGUGGAUAAUUCAAAGUUAGAUCAGAAAUAUAAGAGUGUAGUCCACAUUCCCGCGGGAGUAAAUAUUGAAAGCAAUGCUGAUCAACAUUUGUCUGACUCUUAGAAUACUCUUUCAGAUGAGCUUCUUCCCAGUCUUAAUGCGUAUGUCAAUCUUGAACGAAGUAUAAUUGUAUAUCCAUCGGCAAAUCAAACACAACAAACGCCAAUGAAUGUUUCAAGGAUUAGACGACCAUCUAGAUACAAUGACUCAUCAUUCACAAUAAAAUUUGGUUCAGCAGAUGUAAGCACGGAAGAGCAAUGGAAAACAUUCGAUCAGAAGCAUUCCUUCAUAUCUCAUCCAGUUAAUGCGAUAGAAGACACUAAAGUCAUCAACAAGUUCAUGACUUGGCUUUCAUUAGAUCUUCUUAAAUAUCAUUCGAAGAGGAACAGCAAAGAAGAACAUUAUUUGAAGGGAAAGGCAAAAAUAUCAGUUAUCAACUUUGAAAUUUUAUUUGUUGAAGACAAGAAUUGGUUCUACGUUAUGGGUACUCCUAGCCAGACAUGGUCAGAUGAGCAAAUUGAUGUAUGCUUGUACUAUCUGCGAAAGAAGUCCAAGUAUGAUCCCAAUAUCUCAAAUAAGUUCAGCACUGUAGACUGCAAUUUCAUGAACAUUGUUACAAUUGUGUUUGAUGUGUAUAAAUUGGAUGAUGCAACUCUUAAUGCUGGUGGAAACAAAUAUCAUCUGAAUGAGUAUGUAAGUGGAUUCCGUAUGCAUGCUACAGUGCCAUGGCAUACGGUUGAUCAUAUUUUCAUUCCUGUUCACGUAAAGGCAAAACAUCAUUGGGUUCUUGCAGUUAUAUCUUUCAAUCAUAGGUGUAUAUACGUAUAUAAUUCUUUGUCAGCUGUUGGUCAUGAUGCGGCAGUGCUUACUGAAAUUGAAAAAUUAGCUAAGGUUAUACCUAUAUGUCUCAUUGAAUGUAAAUUCUACGAGAAUAAGGGUAUUGACAUCGACAAUCAACCUAAUUACAAAUUGAAUUAUAAGAUGGAUCCGUUUGGUGUUUCAAUUGUGGAGAAUGUACCUCAACAACCAAGUGGCAGCUUGUAAGUAAUUAGUAUGCAUAGUACUUGUAUAUAUACAUAUGAAUUAAAGUUGUAACAACUUCUUACUUAUUAAUGUAUGUCUUUACAAGGAUUGUGGUUUAUAUAUAA